AUGAAGAAGAUCUCAAACGCAUUGGUAGAUUCCUGGGAGAAUCCCGAGGAUUUAACACAUGUUGAGUUUUUCUACAUACUCACCUGGAUUUCCAAUACCAUUGGCAAGGAAAAGUCAGCAUGGUUUGCGAUCGAGGAUGUCGAAUGGUCCAACAUGGUCACUUGCAGCUACAUGGACAUCAGAGAAUAUAUUGCUCGACAACCUUUCAGUCUUCCUACUGCUAUUACUCCUAUGGAUCGGCUAGCCCUAUACUAUAUCGUUCCCGAGUCAAAAGAUAUCCUCCAACAAAUCAUCCCAAAACUAGUUGGUUUCAUGGACCAUGAUAUUUUCAAACAAGAAGAUGUGGCUCGCGAGAUCUACGAUUUGGGUUUUCUUCCGGCGCCUAUCUCCGCAAAGGACGUACCAGAAGCGGCCAGGCGCCGAGCCAAGAUGACUGAUCCGCAUUUGAAGAAGGUUGUAGGAUCAGCGAUGAUUCGGGGUUUGCUUCGAAGAUGGAUUGAAGCUGACCCCAAUCCGGUUAGUAUUCUUAAGCUGACCCAGGUCCGGGUGGAAGAUCUUUGCAGCACGCUAGAAGAUGAAGUUCUCUCAUUAAGGGACUAA